AAUCAUAAUGAACAAAAUCGAACCACAUGCACACCCUACUUCCGUAUCAAUGUUGUGUCAAAAUAUGGAAAGCGGCUUAUGUGUUUGGGCAAUUUUGGUUUUAUAAAGUCGAUGAGAAAGAAAGCAAAAAGCGUUAUAGUUGUAGUUAUUGAAUCAUCGGGACCAGUCGUUUAUACUGAACACAAAUAUCAUGUAUAAGUUGGUCAAUUCUUGCUCAAAAUCCAAAUUUAUACCUCUUUUAUCUUAUCCAAGCCCUGCAAUAUCAGCCAAUUGGGCCUCAAGUUCAAGAAAUGAAAUUUCUAAAAGAAAUUCAAGGUUUUCCCGGGUUUUAGGGGGUGAAAGUGGAAGAGUUAGGAGUUAUAGUAGUGAAUCAGAUAAAGAAUGUAUUGAGUAUGAUGUGGUGAUUGUUGGAGCUGGACCAGCUGGGCUAUCAGCUGCUAUUAGGUUCAAACAAUUAUGCCAACAAAAAGAUGCUCACCUAUCAGUCUGUGUUGUAGAGAAAGGAGCUGAUGUGGGUGCUCAUAUCUUGUCUGGAAACAUAUUUGAGCCACGGGCACUCAAUGAACUCUUUCCCCGCUGGAAACAGGAACAGGCUCCCGUUGAUGUCCCUGUUACUUCUGAUAAUUUUUGGCUACUUUCACAAAACCGUGCCUUUUCAAUUCCAAGCCCAUUUGGCAAUAAUGGGAAUUAUGUCAUAAGUUUGAGUCAGUUGGUACGUUGGUUGGGGAAGAAAGCUGAAGAGCUAGGAGUUGAAAUAUACCCAGGUUUUGCUGCUAGUGAGAUUUUAUGCAACGAACACAACGAGGUUACUGGUAUUGCUACUAAUGAUAUGGGAGUGGCAAAAGAUGGUUCCAGAAAAGAGAACUACCAGCGCGGUGUUGCACUGAAGGGGCGUGUUACUCUCCUUGCAGAAGGGUGUAGAGGAUCUCUAUCAGAGAAAUUAAUCAAGAAGUACAACUUGAGAGAGAGAGGGCAGGGGCAACAUCAAACCUAUGCUUUAGGAAUUAAAGAGGUCUGGGAGAUUGAUGCAGACAAACAUCAACCUGGUUCUGUGCUUCACACACUUGGUUGGCCUUUGGACCAGAAGACCUAUGGAGGUUCUUUCUUGUAUCAUAUGAAGGACAGACAGGUCGCUGUCGGCCUUGUGGUUGCUCUAAAUUAUCAGAACCCUUUCUUGAACCCUUACGAGGAAUAUCAGAGGCUUAAAUGUCAUCCUGCUAUUAGGCCACUUCUUGAGGGUGGAACGGUUCUCCAAUAUGGUGCUCGGACUUUAAAUGAAGGAGGUUUUCAGUCUAUUCCAUAUCCAGUUUUCCCUGGUGGAGCAAUUAUAGGAUGCUCAGCUGGCUUCUUAAAUGUACCAAAGAUUAAGGGCACUCAUACAGCUAUGAAAUCAGGAAUGCUAGCGGCAGAAUCUGCAUUCAGCAUGCUCCAAGAAGGCUUGAAGAUGGAAAAUUAUUGGGACAAUUUACGAAGUUCAUGGAUAUGGGAAGAACUAUAUACUGCAAGGAACUAUCGCCCGGCAUUUGAGUAUGGGCUCUAUCCUGGUUUAGCUUUAAGUGCUGUAGAGCAUUACAUACUCAAGGGUAGAUCUCCAGUCACUCUGAAUCAUGGGAAACCUGAUCAUGAAGCAACAAGGGAAGCCCAAUUAUUCUCACCAAUUGAGUACCCAAAGCCAGAUGAUGCUGUAUCUUUUGAUAUAUCGACCUCGCUGUACAGGAGCAACACAAAUCAUGAUCAUAACCAACCAUCUCAUCUUCAUCUGAGAGACCCUACCAUUCCAGAAAAUGUCAACUUGCCCAAGUAUGCUGGAUCUGAGGCACGAUAUUGUCCUGCACGAGUUUAUGAGUACAUACCGGAUGAGACCGGUGACUUAAAGUUGCAGAUCAAUGCUCAGAACUGCUUGCACUGCAAGGCCUGCAGUAUCAAAGAUCCGACACAGAAUAUUGAAUGGACAGUCCCAGAAGGUGGAGGCGGCCCUGGUUACACAAUCAUGUAGAUGAUCUUCAGCAACUCAUGAACUGCUAAAAAUAGAUUCUAACCCUGUAAGAUGAAUAGAAAAGUUCAAAAGAAAAUGACGCUCUUCUUGCUCGUACUUUAUCUUGGAUGCUAUACGUUGCUGGAUUUAAAUAGAUUCAAGAGCGAGGAAAUUAAGAAUAAGGCUGUGUGGCCAAAACAUUUUGAAUGUGAUGGUGAGAACCAUUUUGAUCUUUCCUUGAAGUAUUUGCCGAUAUUGUGGGAAAGAAGAUAUAUAGAUUAAGCAACGUGUUAUAAAUAUGGGCAAUACAAAAUAGUAUAAAGCAAAAAUGGAGACGAGUUAUUGGAGAGAAUACUUCUUAUUUGUUUCUUCUGUGUUAAUUACUGGAUGAGAAACAUCUCUUUUAUGGGGUAUGAAAUCAUCUAAUGUUACAACUCUUUAUGAGAGUAUUAAUAAGAUCCGUUAUAUAAGUAUUAUUAUCGUA